AUAAGAACCAGUUAAAUUAAAGGUCAGGGUCAGUCAGGGUGGUUAACUACUUGAAAGAAAAACUCUUUUUCUCACUCUGGAGAGGGGAAGGCGUGUAGGCUUCUGUUAAAACACUCGGCUGUUUUUGCUGUUUCAAGUUUUUUUUCUCUCUCUCUCUCUCUUUUUUUUCUCUUUUCCCUGAAGUUUUGCUUCCCUCUGCAAAACCCCUUUCUCCUCCUCUUCACUAUCUGUCAAACUUUGUUCUCAUUUUUAGUUCCACUACACAUCCCUUUUUUUUCCAAUCAGGCCAUGAAGAUGACUCUGUAACAGUUGAAUAGCAGCAACUGUCAGAUAGGAAAUGAAGGCAUGGCUAACAAGUGUGUUAUUUAUGCACCAGAUAACACAAAUGGUCUCAGCUGUUACUCAUCCACUCCCUCCUCUUCUUCAUCUUCCACUACUUCUCUUGGGACUUCCAUGGGGAUGGUUUUUGCAGACAUGGGUGCUCUUUCUAUAAAUCCAAACUAUGGCGUGGUGCCAGCUGUUUCUUCUUCACAAGAGAGUACUUAUGUGCGUAAGGGCCCAAGUGAGGUAGAAAAUGGGAGAGCUUGCUGGGGUUUUCCUUUCAUGGGAAACUGCACUGCUGGAAGCUUGGAAGAACACCACAACAGUGAUGUGGGUGAUGGUAAGGGCUCUGAUUGCAGUGAUGGGUUUGGGGAAAAUAAUGAAACCAUGGAUCUCAAUGCCAACAUAAAUGAAGAGAACCCUAAUGAGAAUAUCGUCAGUGGUAAGGAAACCGAUAGUGGGCAUUCAAAACUGUGUGCCAGAGGGCAUUGGAGGCCUGCAGAGGAUACCAAGCUCAAGGAACUUGUGGCGCUUUAUGGCCCUCAGAACUGGAACCUUAUAGCAGAGAAGUUAGAAGGGAGAUCAGGUAAGAGCUGUAGAUUGAGAUGGUUUAACCAGCUGGACCCAAGGAUCAAUAGAAGAGCUUUCAGUGAAGAGGAAGAGGAGAGGCUAAUGGAUGCUCAUAGACUGUAUGGUAACAAAUGGGCCAUGAUAGCAAGGCUUUUCCCUGGGAGAACUGAUAAUGCGGUCAAGAACCACUGGCAUGUCAUAAUGGCUAGGAAGUAUAGAGAACAAUCGAGUGCUUAUAGGAGGAGGAAGCUGAGUCAAUCUGUUUACAGAAGGAUGGAGGAGGACCCAAGCUUUGUCUGCAGGGACACAGCCACGAGAACAGAAACAAUGCCACCGUAUUCCAUCAAUCUCUCCAGUGGAGGAAUCAACAACAACCUCUCUCCUUUCCCAUUUGCAACCUUCAAUGGAGCUGUUGGUGGGGUUGUUUAUGGUUCAAAUGGUUCACCCCAGGUGAACAGUGGGGGAGAAGCAAUCUCAAGCAGCAAGCUCCCUCCUCACACUGGGUUUUGUGCGCAACAGACACCAUUCGAGUUCUUCUCUGGUCCCAAGAGCCAUGACAUGAUAAGCAUGUUCAGCCAGCACAGAUCUUGGGAUAGGCCAAGGGACGAGCCCAACAAUAAUACGUCUGGCUUCUAUCCCCAAUACCCUCCAUUGAUGAUGGCAAUGCAACAGUCAAACUACCAUAACACUUGUAAUUUCCCAAAUUCCACUGCAUCAACCCCUCAAGCUUCUGCCACUGAACCUUCAUCAUCAGAGAACAGAGUAGCCAGUCAUUUUGAGACCAUUCCACCACCAUUCAUAGACUUUCUUGGGGUAGGAGCCACAUGAGGUUAGAAGCCAAGAAAGCUGAAAGGGGGUGUCGGGUCUCCGCGAUCAUCAGAAUUAAUAGACCCUUAAUGUGGGCUUUGCUUCCAGAUAACUUAGGUAGAGGUAACUAGAGGUAAAAAGAGAGGGUUCCUGAAACUAUAACAUCUGCAUCAGGCUUUUGACAGUCAUCUUCCUAUCUUUUCCUUGUAACCCCCCUUAUUUUCCCGUCAAACUCUUCCAAAGGUGAAACAAUAAAUUAUGUUACUCUUUCUAUA